GAUCUAAGAAUACGAGCCAGAUUACAACAAAUGGGGAAAAUGAAGGAACUACCAAAAUUAUUGCACCUUCCCCUGUGAAAAGCUUUAAAAAGAUGAAAAAUGAAAACAGUCCAGAAACCCAAAGAAGUAAAACAAGCACACCGUGGGAGGAAAAUGGCCCACAGAGUGGGCUGUAUAAUUCUCCCAGUGACCGCAAUAAAUCGCCAAAGUUUCCUUACUCUCGUCGACGGAACCCAUCAGGUGGCAGCGAGAAUGAGUCUGGGCAGCCAGUCCGGAGGAGGAAAAAUCAAAACAGUGGCGAAGAUUCAGAUUUAAAGCAAAGGAGAAGAUCACGAUCUCGCUGUAACACCAGCAGUGGCAGUGAAUCUGAAAAUUCCAACAGAGAGCAUCGAAAGAAGAGAAACAGAUUACGGCAAGAGAAUGACAUGGUUGACUCGGCUCCUCAGUGGGAGGCUGUACUACGGCGACAAAAGGAGAAAAACCAGGCGGAUCCAAACUACCGGCGAUCCAGGCACAGAUCUCGAUCGAGAAGCCCGGAUGUACAAGCUAAAGAAGAACUGUGGAAACAUAUUCAGAAGGAGCUUGUGGAUCCCUCUGGCCUGUCCGAGGAGCAGCUGAAAGAAAUUCCAUACACUAAAAUAGAGACUCAAGGCGACCCAAUUCGCAUUAGGCAUUCACAUUCCCCUCGAAGCUACCGUCAGUAUCGGCGGUCCCAGUGCUCUGAUGGUGAAAGAUCUGUCCUGUCUGAAGUGAAUGCCAAAAAUGAUCUGGUGCCUCCACUGCCUGUUACACGAUCUUCAGAUGCUAGAGGGCCCAGCAUUCAACAGAGACAGAAUGGUUCUAAAGACAGCCUAAUAGAAGAAACAUCUCAGCUAUCCACUAACAUCGAUGGAAAAUCCACCACUAAGAUCAUAAAAACUGUUCAGGUGUCACGCUUCAAGGUGGAAACUUGA